AUGGCAGAGAUGGAAAAAGAGGGCAGACCUCCGGAAAAUAAAAGAAGCCGAAAACCAGCACACCCGGUGAAAAGGGAAAUAAAUGAAGAGAUGAAGGUAAAAGGGGGGAUGCAGGAGGUGGGGGGUUGUCAGGCAGGGUCUCUCCAUGGAGACAGUCCUCUGUUUGUCUUACAGAGUUUUGCAGAGAACACCAUGAACGAGCUGCUGGGCUGGUACGGCUAUGACAAGGUGGAGCUCAGAGACUCUGACAACCUGGAGAUAGGGGAGACGCCACAGCACAUCUCCGUCCUCAAAGAAAACUUGUUGCCAAAAAUCCCAGCUUCAACAGAGAGUAGCGAAGGCUCUCCGGAUCGAGCCAACAGCUCGCAGUCUAUGCCAGCCUCCAGGAAUGGAGUCACAGAGCCCUCCACCACACCGUCCACCUCCACGCCCAGUACCAAGGAACAUGGCAACCUGCCCAUCAUAGUCCCCAUGAUCCCUCCGCCACUGAUCAAGCCCCCUGCAGACGAGGAUGCAUCCAAUGUGCAGAUAAUGUGUGCCUGGUGCCAGAAGGUCGGUGUGAAACGCUAUUCUCUGAGCAUGGGGAGUGAGCUGAAGAGCUUCUGCAGUGAGAAGUGCUUCGCCGCCUGCCGCAGAGCCUAUUUUAAGAGAAACAAGCUGGGAUAUAUAAGGAAUUACGCUGCGAGAGACGACGAUGGCCUCGGUGGGAAAUUACCCCAGAACAGCUUUACUCAGGACACGCCCAGGCUUGUCUUCAAGACAAACAGCGAUGUGCUUGUGUGUGACUGGUGCAAACAUAUUCGCCACACUAAGGAGUACCUGGACUUUGGUGCUGGUGAGCGGAGGCUGCAGUUCUGCAGUGCCAAAUGCCUGAACCAAUAUAAGAUGGACAUUUUCUACAAGGAGACCCAGGCCGCGCUGCCUGGAGCACUGUGUAACCCAGGACAUGGGCCUGGUGGGGAGGGUAAGCUGGAGUGCAGUGGAGGGGUACAGCUGCUCACUCCUGAAUCCUGGGGAACACCGUUAACGGACCUACGUCGUAAAGCUCCCUCACCAGGGGGGCCCUCCAACACCUCUGCUUUGGCCCCUUCCACUUCUUCUGCCACCUCACCCUCAGACACUGCUGCCGUGUGCUCCCCAUCCUCCUCCUCCUCAGCCAAGAUCUCCACACCCAGACCCCACGAGAGCCCCACACUUCCCCCUCCGCCUGUUCCCACUUUGCACCCACCAGUCGGUGUUCCCUCUGGUAGCCCCCCCAUGGUAAUGACACCCAGGGGGCCUAUGCCCCUGCCUCUGUUCAUGGAGCAUCAAAUGAUGCAGCAGAUCCGUCCACCGUUUCUUCGCCCCUCUGCCCACCCAGCAGGGCCCAACAGCCCACUUUCAAACCCCAUCAUCCCUGGUAUUGGUCCACCACCUCCCCCAAGGACCCUUGGUCCAGCAUCAAGCCCCAUGCACAGGCCCAUGCUGUCUCCGCAUGUCCACCCAUCAUCCAAUCCCAACCCCGGCAUGAUGCCCCCCCACCCUGGUAUCCCCAUGCCAGGUCUCCCUCCUUUCCCCCCAGUCAACAUGAUGCCCAAUGGACCCAUCCCCCUGCCCCCAAUGAUGAACUUUGGCAUGCCAUCCUUGGCCCCAUUGGUACCUCCACCAACUCUCUUGGUCCCUUACCCUGUCAUUGUACCCCUCCCAGUCCCAAUCCCCAUUCCAAUCCCAAUUCCCUUUAACCCCAAAUCUUCCAGGGACCAGCCGGAGAGCAAUGGCUCUGUCCGCGGUGCUCCAGAGUCAUCGGACUCUUCAGCCUCUGGGCCCCACUCUCCAGGUUCCUCUGGAGGUGACAGAGGGGAGCAGAAAGCAGAGCCAGCUGGUGCAGAACGUCUCUCUCCUUUACGCUCAGAAAGAAGCAGGACGGCAAUGGUGGACCUGACUGUGAAGGCAGAGGAAAAUUCAGGCAACCUGUGUCUAACCAGCAGCCCCAGACUAAUGGACGGUGUGAUUGAUCUAACAGUGGGCCAGAGGUUGUGCCAACAGCAGGUAAUUCAGAGGAUGCUACCUGGGGUCCAGGUCAAAGUAGAGGCAGAGGCUGAAUCAAGAUCUCCACCAGUCGCUGGGCUGGGGAGGGAAGGGAAGGGCUGUCACAAUGGUGGGGGGGGAGUCCUCUCACAGGGCCUCCUCAGUGCUUCGCAGCUGGAAGGGGGCACACACUCAAACACACUGGAAUCAUCAGGCCCACCCUCCGGCAAUAACAGCCCUUCUUGCAAUGCUGAUCCUCCAGUCAGCCAGCUAAACCCCUCUAUCUCCAACCUGACCCCACCACCCUUAUCAGGCUCAGCACGGACCCAGCCCCAACCCCUGCCCCAACUCCAAGCUAGCCCUGGCGCCCCAUGUAAUGUCAUAGUCAACGGAACAGGAUGGCAUUCGCUUCUCACUCCUGCCUUUGAGUCUUUCCCUGACCGAAAAGGGGACGGGAUUGCAGGAGAAGGUGAGUCAGAGGAGCAGCCAGCCAACGGAGAGCUGGAGCGUGAGGCACUGAAAGAGAACAAUUGCUCAGUUGGAGAUUGGGAGCCGGGGAAGCGGGACUCAGCACAAGACGAGAUGGUAAACACAGUAGAGGGUAAACCAGACCCUGAAUCCAGCUUGGAUGAGGGCGAGCAUGCCUAUGCCCUGCCACUGCUGUCUACCGGAGGCUGCGUGGUCAUCCAGCCUGUGCCAAAGCCCGGUGCUGACAAGACGGCCAUCCUGUCCUGUUCCAUCAGCGCCCCUCUAUCAGCAGCCGGCAGCCCUGAGCUGGAGCCGCCGCUGAAGAGGAGGUGUCUGCGAAUCCGCAAUCAAAACAAAUGA